AUGCUGUGCUGCGGCGGCGUGUCGAUGUCCAUGUCGUGCCCCGACGUGGUCACCAUAUGCGGCCUCUUCGCCGUGCAGUGCAUCUACGGCCUCUACAUGAUGUUCCUCAGCGCCCUGCUCGCCGCCGGCGUCCGUUCCCUCUUCAUCAUCGUCGUCGCAUGCGCCGCUUCCUCCAUCGUGGUCCUCCCCAUCGCCCUCGCCCUCGAGAGGGUGUCAAUAUACCAAGUCAUCGUGAUGCUCGGUGUCGUACGCACCUCGCCAGCGAUCGCCUCCGCCAUGCCUAAUCUUUGCCCUGGCUUCAUCUUCGUCAUCGCAGCCUACCUGGGGUUAGAGAGGUUCGACUGGAAGUGCAAGUACACCAAAGCGAAGAUCUUGGGCACUCUGGUGUGCCUCAGCGGGGCAAUGUGCGUCAGCUUCCUGAAGAACCCUACUCCCAGCGUAUCCGUUCCCGGCGAUGAUGAAGAGCUCUCAGAUGGCAAAGGCAGGCACGAUUGGAUACUUGGAUGUUUGUGUCUUCUGACUGGUAACAUAAUCUUCACCUGCAACACUGUUCUGCAGGUCUUGAUGGAGGGGAAGCUCACUGCAGGGACUGCUGACAACCUCAGCAGGAUCAUUGGCGAAAUUGUGCUUGUGGGAGGCGUGGUGAUCGGCCUGUGCACGGCAUUCCAGGUAUCAAGCAUUGGGCGCAAGGGGCCUGUACUCGUGUCCAUGUUCAACCCAUUUCAGACGGUCUUCUCGGCGUUCAUCUCCUUCAUUUUCUUCGGACAAUGGAUCGGCUUGGGAUGCUUUGUGGGGAUUGUGCUCAUGUUUGUUGGAUUGUACGUGGUGCUGUGGGCGAAGAAUAGGGAGGACAACAUGUUUGCCGAUCUGACAGCACUGUCUGAAACUGGAUGUGAUAUAGAGAGUUCACUGUUGCAAUGA